AGUCUCGUGAGUAGUCUAGGCGGGCUAAGUCGCUCGUUUCGAAAUACGCGGGAAAUUUGUGAAGUGUAUUUUUUUGAAAAUUUACUAGUAAAAUCUAAUAAAUAUAAAAAAUCUUACAAUGUCUCCGAAGAGCAAAGCUGGUGAAGAAGAAUGCGAGACGGAAGCCCUGAAGUCGGACCCUCCAAUCGAAGACUCCGAAAAGGAUGUCGGCGCCUUGGAAGCGAAGAUGUCCCUCCUCAACGGGAUCACUGUCAUCGUGGGUUCUAUCAUCGGCAGUGGAAUUUUUGUGUCACCGACAGGUGUACUGAAAUACACAGGAUCUGUCAACGCAAGUCUACUUGUGUGGGUUGCAUCGGGAAUUUUUAGUAUGAUCGGCGCCUACUGUUACGCUGAGUUGGGAACAAUGAUCCGGCUGAGUGGAGCAGACUACGCUUACAUCAUGGAGACCUUUGGGCCCUUUGCCGCAUUCAUCCGACUCUGGAUCGAGUGCAUGAUAGUUCGACCGUGCUCCCAGGCAAUCGUUGCAUUAACAUUCAGCGUGUACGUUCUGAAGCCCAUAUUUCCUGAAUGCGAUCCGCCUGAAGACGCUACGAGAUUGCUAGCAGCAUGUUGUAUACUGUUGCUGACGUUCGUGAACUGCUGGUCGGUGCGCGCCGCCACGCGGGUGCAGGACUGGUUCACGUACGCCAAGCUGCUGGCGCUCUUCAUCAUCAUCGCUGCCGGGAUCUACCAGCUCUGUAGAGGUAAAGUGGAACACUUCACGUUUGAUGGAACAACGAGUGACGUCACGUCUAUCGCCCUCUCGUUCUACUCCGGACUUUUCGCGUACAAUGGAUGGAACUACCUGAACUUCAUAAUCGAGGAGUUAAAGGAUCCCGUAAGGAACCUGCCGCGAGCUAUCGCAAUCUCGUGCACGUUGGUCACCAUCGUGUACACAUUGACCAAUGUUGCCUUCUAUACUACGCUGUCGCCAACUGAGGUGCUGGGAUCCGCGGCGGUGGCGGUGACGUUCGCAGAGCGUCUGUUCGGUUGGUUCGCGCUCAGCAUCCCACUCUUCGUGGCCGCAUCCACCUUUGGAGCUGUUAAUGGCGUGCUGCUCACUUCUUCCAGGCUGUUCUACGCUGGCGCGGCGAACGGGCAGCUGCCGGCCAUGCUGACGAUGGUGUCGGUGCGCGCCACGCCCGUGCCCGCCGUGCUGGCGGUUGCGCUGCUGUCGCUGCUCUACCUCACCGUGUCCGACAUCUACGCCCUCAUUAACUACGUGGGCUUCGCCACCUGGUUAAGUAUUGGCGCAGCUGUUCUCUGCCUACCAGUGCUACGUUACACGCAACCGAAUCUGGAGAGACCGAUUAAAGUUAACCUAAUGUUCCCUGCGGUGUACAUAGUGUGCACGGUGCUUGUGGUGGCGGUGCCGGCGGUGGCGUCGCCCGCGGAGACGGGCGUGGGCUGCCUCAUGAUCCUCACGGCCGUGCCCGUGUACCUGCUGCUGCUGGAGCCACACACUCGCCUGCGCGGCCUCGCCAACAUCACAGACGGGACCACUCGGUUAAUACAAAAACUGACGUUAUCGGUACGACCUAAAGUGAAGUGAAACAAUCCAAUUUCGGAGAUUCGAACAUAUCCGGCCCGGUUUUCCUGAAUCAUAAAAAACAGUAUUUAAUAAAAAUUAUAAUAAUGUAGUUGCAUUAAGCCAAAUUAUGAUAUUCGUAUUUAAAAUUUAUAUUAGCAAUAUUAUAUCAUUCGUUUAACUGUAUUCAAUGAAAAUCAUAAAAAUUAAGUCAAUAUAAAGACAAAUAAACGGAAAAACAAAAAUAUUGUGUAUGUCAUACAGGUUGCCAUAUUUCUUUAUCAUGAAAAAUACGAGUAAAUUCGCUAAAAGCCUUAGAUGAUUUUAUCUAUUUGAAUUUAGUUUAUUAUAAUAGUAUUAAGGCUUCAUAUAUGUUCAAAAUGUGCAGGUCAUCAAUCAGGAUUUUACUUUUAAAAUCCAAAAUGAAGAUACGUAGCCACGCUAUAUACGUAAUAAUUUAUUAGAUGUUAGGAAUGUCCUCGAGUAUAUUGUGUGAUGCUGAUGUUACCAUUUGCAUAGUGUAACCGCAUUUAAUGGAUUGUUGAUUGUUGUAAUUUAGGAUAGGUAAGAAAUGUAUUAUCUACAUUUAUUUUGAUUAGUUAAGUAUUUCUAUGUUCGCGUGAACCUACUAAUUUUUCUACCUUUCCUUACUUUUCUAACUUUAUGCUUACAUUAUUCAAAUCAAAAGCUUUUGAAAAGCUUGAAAUUAUAAUCGUCAAAAACUACUAGGACUUCUUGCAAUUUCAAAUUUAAGAAGGACCACUUCUAGUAGAUUGGUAACACGUUGAUAGAAUUGGGAGUUAUAAAGUGAUAGUAUAAUUUUAUAUGUAGAUUGCGCUUUUAAAUAUAUUAUCCUUUAUACUAUAUCUAGCAUUUUUACAAGUAGAAAAAUUAGAAGGAAUACAAAUGAAUAUCGCAUUUUUAUUGACGAAAAUUUAAAGUACGAAAAACUGCCGAUAGUCUAAAAAAAUAUUGAUAAAUCUAAUUGUUCAUGCCUUAAGCGUAUUAAAAAUUACGUAUAAAAAAAUGAUUAUACCAAUUUUUUUAAAGUAGUUUAAAUACACACAAAUUUUCAUUAAUUACUAUACUUCUUCUUUAAUAUAAUUUUAUGUCAACUUCAAUUAAAAAAGUUUGGAAAAUCCAAUAGUGCACGGCUCAUAUAAUAGUGAAAAAAUUAAAAAUAAAUGGUAAUUGUAGUUUUAUUCGUCAAAGAGUGUCAGUAGCAGUCACCGAAGUACAUCUUCAAGUCAUUCCGUUAAGUCUGGAGGUAAGGUCUAUUCAUAACUAACAAAACGAGCCCAAACUCGGCACAUCUAGUUUUCUUCGUCGAGAGUUCCAGCAGCAGUCGUCAAUGUCCACCUUCAAGUCACUCUAUCAAGUCUGGAGGUAAGGUCUCAUCAUAACUAACAAAACGAGUCAAUAUACUCAACUCAGCACACCUAUUACUAUUACUACUCUUCGAGGAGUUCCAGUAGCAUUCACUGAACUACACCUUCAAGUCGGGGUAAAGUCUCACCAUAACUAACAUAACGAGCACAAUCUCGGCACACCUGGUCCUACUUGUCGAGGAGUUCCAGUAGCAGAUAUCGAAGUACAACUUCAGGUCUAUAAAGUCCAAGACGUGUAAGUAUAUUUCUUUAUAUAUAAAUCCUGCGUACUUUUACCUAAAUAAAAUAUUGCAACAAAAAUCUGUUAUUAUAAAAAUAAUAAUAAUAUCUUACCUUGGUCAAGUAUGUAUCAAAUUUGGCUUUUGCAAUAUUUUGUUUUUCUGAAGUGAUCGAUAUUUUCAGCACGAAUCGCUGUAAACAAACGACCACUCACGACGACGGUUGAGCCCGGAGUAAAAAGUACUCUGUGGCCGGGAGUGAGGCACAGCAAAGUGUAUUUAGUAAAAUAUAUUAAUACAAGGCUGCUCAAAACGCCGAAAAUUUCGCUAUUUCGCAGCCGAAAAUAAAUUAAUUAUAACUACACAAACAAAAUUAAACUGCCAUAUUCCAUGCCUUCCCGCAUGGUAGAUGAAAGGUUUAAAAAAUAGAUUGAGUUAAACAAUUGAUAUUUUCAAAAGUUAUCGUGUUUACGCCUCGCAUAGAGGCGUAGGCUUGAUAAAUUAGUCGAUUUAAAAAAAAGUUCAACAAUCAUAUAUCUUUCUGACAAUGUGCUUUUAUAUCAUUUAUAUGUCCAAUAUGAUUGUUAGAUAUAAUUUCAUGCGAUAAAAUGUUGGAAUCUUGAUUUUUAGACGCUAGUUGAACAUAAUUACGCGCUUUGCGCUUAAGGCAUGCAAUAGAUCUCACAUAGAUCUGCUAUUAGUAUUGUAAAUUUUUUGUUCUAAUUAAUCUGUACAAUAAAAUAUUAAAUAAAUAUCUAAUUUUCUACAAAUAUAAAAUUUUAUAAAUAUUGUCGCCUCAUCAUAUCACAAACCAUCAGAAAAUUCUUGACUACAAGUUUUUCAUAGAUUUUCUGCAUGGAUUAAUAAAUAUGAGUAUAUAUACUUUCAUCGCUCAUAUUAUUGUAAAAGGGAACAUUCCAUAGACUCUUAUAGCAAGAAAAAGUAAGUAUAUUUUAUGCAGCUAUUAUUAUUGUGCUGUUAAUAAAAUCUGUAUUUUACUACGGCAAGGAAUAAAAACUAUUAUAGGUAUUUAUUGACUUGUUUCUAAGAACUUAGUUUGUACAACAUUUUUUCGUAAUUAUUAUUGUAUAAUUUAUUUUUAAAAUAUAGUCUCGUUUUAGAUCUAGCCAGUGGGCCCCAUGUUUUUAACGGCAUCGCCAUAAAAAUGCAAAGAAAUGCACAUGUUUAAGAACUAAGCUGUUUAGUAUCAAAAUUAAAAUUUCUUUUUGAUUUGUUCGAGAGCAAUAAUUAUUUAAAUAUAUAAAAUCAGAAUAAUUUAGACAUAUUGUUCUUUCUUAUCUUAAGUACUUAUAAUAAAUCGAAUAAAAGGAAAACAUCGUACGGCAUAAUGAUUUCUUUUAUUUAUGCGAAUAUUACACAUUAAUUGCAUGGAUUCUAUCGCUUUUAAUUUUACUCUUUUAUUGGCGACUUCGCGGGCGUGAUCGCGGAUGCUGUAAAGCGCCGCAAACAUCAGAAAAUAAAAACUAAUAUGAAACGCAAUAAAAUUCUUAACAUUAGUUUUAUGCAAUCUUACAUAAUUUUCAGUUUGGUUAGCAUAAGUGUUUUAUAAUUUAAGAAUUAUGCUUCUUAUAACAAAAGGACAAUACAUUAGGACUCUAUAGCUGUAACAUUAUAUAUUUAUAUAUACCUAUAGAUACAACCGUAGAGCAACACGGGCCGCUGCGCCACGCCGCCGGAUCGGAGGGGAGAAGACAUACUAGGCCCAAGCCUAACCCAAGUAAAACAUAUCGAUAUAUCGAAAUAUAGAUAUUUUCUAAUAAAAAUAUCCAUAUAUAUCGUCGAUAUUUUUAUUCAUGAUAUAUCGAUAUUCGAUAUUUAUUUUAGAGUAUUGAAUUAGGACUCUAUAGCUGUAACAUUAAGAAAAUAUGCUGUAGCUACUCCUCUCUGGUCCGCCGGAGGCCCGUGUUGCUCUAUGAGUACAACGUACGAGUACAAUAAUUUUUAUUAUUUGAUCUAUACAUAUAAUAUGAAUUAAAACGGCUUGUUUGUUCAUUGAUAACUUUGAAAAUUAUGGAAAUGUUUUGGGUGAUGUAAAACCAAAUGGAACAAUUAUUUGUCUGCCUGUUUGUCAACGUGCGCUUCAUAUAGUUUAUAGCCUCAAAACAUAGGUCUUAUUUCAAUCAUUUGAGUAUACUCAAGGUUUAUAGGUUGAACCACAGACUCAUAUGAUUGACUUGAACUCUUCAUAACACUUUUUUUUAUUAUGUAUAAAAUAUAUUUAUAAAAAUUAUAAUCUGGUUGUAAGAAAUACAAUAAUUUGAUUAUUAAGUAAAAAUAAUUUUACGUCAAAUCUCAGACAUUCACUAGUUUCAGUGGCAUAUCAAAAAUGCUGCCCUCCGACCCCACCCCCAUAUUUUCGCAAGUAUCUUAAAAUAUAAAAUUGGAAAAAUGUGUCUAUGCAUAUAUAUUAUUAUUUAAAAAUGAAUAGAACAAUUUAAUGUAUCCUUGUACUUAUUAUACUUUUAAAUGCUACUAUGUUCAUUACAUUUUAAUCAAAUACUAAAACUUACUAAAAGCUAUUUUUGAAAUUCUCACGCCAAUAUUCAUUCCUUACUUUUCUAAUUAUUUCUUUCCCAAAAUGCCGCUUUCUAAAAUUUGCCUCCCAGUGCCAUCGUCCCCUACGUUAUCCAAUUCUAUCGUCCUUGCUACGCCAAGGAUUUAUUAAAAAAAAAAAUGUAUAAAACUUUUCUCUUUUGACGGCUUUAUUUUAUUAUUUCACCAACACUGUUUAUAACUAUGAGUAUAAAUUAAGACGAAUUAUUAUAUAUUAGUUAGUUUCGGUGGGUAAUCCUUUCAAGUAUCUCAAGCAAUUUCUUUAUAAUUCUAAAUAAUUUAAUUAUAAUAGUAAAAAUUGAACAAAUUAUAGGUUUAGAAAUGAAUAUAAAUCGAACAAAUGUAAAUGUUUCUUUAUGUAAUAAUGGCUGUGUUUUUGUAAUAAUUUUUUCGCCAGUAGCCCAAAGAUUUGUUCCAAUUUGUGUCUAGUUUUAAGCGUUUAUAUACAUAUAAGUUACAGUUUUUUAAACGCUUUUUUAUAAUUUUUAUAUUUUUGUAAAUAUAAAUUGACAUACGGAAACAUUCCAAUUUUAACUUUUUGGUUGUAAUCAUUAAAAUUAGUAUAGAUGAAAAAGUAGUGCAUGUUUUUCUACUUUUAAGUAAGGUAUUUUAUUGUACCAACAAAAUAUGGUAAUAAUUAUGACAUUUCUAGUUUUUUUUUCUUCAUAAUAUAAUACUACAGAAUUGCUAUAAUAAUUUUGUAAAAAUAUUUGACGACUUGAGAUAAUUUAUUAAUUAGGUACCUAACGAUAUUAUUAUUUUUUUUACUAUAUAAGUAAUAUUCAUUUGCUAAUAUUAGUGCUAUAAUUUGUUUCGAUCUGAUUAUAAUAGCCAAUAACUAUUGUGAAAAUGUAUUAGUAAUAGUCAUAUCGUUGUUUCUGUUACUCGUUCGGCGACGCCUUGCAGACACAAUGCGACAAUAAUAACAUAGUG